AUGGUACAGCAGAUGAGGGUUGUCAGAGAUGCAGGUUUAAGCGUUGCAGAUCCCGGAAGCGUGAAUGCUGUGUCUACAAAGCCUAAAAGAGGGAAACAUAGGCGCGGUCGUGGUUCGAGAAAUGCUAACACGCGGGGAAAUAGUUGUGAAUUUUGCGGACGUGAGCAUGACUUAGCGAAGCGUGAGAACUGUCCAGCUUUUGGAAGGAGCUGCAAUAAGUGUGGCAAGAAAAAUCAUUUCGCGAACCUAUGUUUUGGACACGCGCCCAAACCCACGACUCGCACGCAUCCUGUGUAUUGUUUCGAAGAUGAGCUUUCGGACGAAGUUUUUAGAGUGGAAGAAAUUUCGGCUGUAACGUUGGAUGAUUCUCAACUGGUAACGCUGAGGUUGGAAUCUGGAAAUUAUCUUCGUUUUCAGCCCCAUACCGGAGCUCAGUGCAAUGUUGUCCCUUUGCAUCUAUUCAAGAAAGCCACUAACGAUGUUGGUUUGUGUAAUGUGACCCCUGUCCAUACGUCGAUCAUUUCGUAUGGUGUACUUCAAUUCCUAUCCUCGUGA